AUGGCAGCUCCAACUAGAAGUCUACGAUGUCUGUCAUCUUUCAGAACCACCAUAUCUCCAGCAUCAGCAGUAAUUGCUCCCAUCGGCGGCCGAAGCUAUGCCACAACGGACUCCUCAUCCGCCACGAACACACCAGGAACCACACGGCGGAAAGCAACAAAGUUCCAGGAUAAGCUGAAUGCAGGACCCUCAUUCUCAGACUUUGUCUCCGGAGGCCAAGAUGAACCUCUCGACCCAUCGGAAGCCUACGCCCUUAAGACCGCGCUUGUCGGCCCCGCCGGCCGCAAGAAGGAAAUGACUCGUUUGCCCGAAUGGCUGAAAACUCCCAUACCAGACUCAAAGAACUUCCAGCGCCUAAAGAAGGACCUGAGAGGAUUGAACCUGCACACUGUCUGUGAGGAGGCCCGAUGCCCCAACAUCUCCGACUGCUGGGGCGGCAGCGACAAGUCCUCCGCCACAGCGACAAUCAUGUUGAUGGGCGAUACCUGCACGCGCGGGUGCCGCUUCUGCAGCGUCAAGACAUCCCGCAACCCUUCCCCACUCGACCCGCACGAGCCCGAGAACACCGCCGAGGCAAUCUCCCGCUGGAGCCUGGGUUACGUGGUGCUAACGAGCGUGGACCGUGACGAUCUGGUCGACGGCGGCGCGCGCCACUUCGCCGAGACGGUUAUCAAAAUCAAGCAGAAGAAGCCGAGUAUGCUGGUCGAGUGUCUGACGGGUGACUUCCGCGGUGACACGGAGAUGGCGGCAUUGGUUGCCCGGUCUGGUCUGGACGUCUAUGCGCACAACGUUGAGACUGUCGAGGAGCUUACGCCCUUUGUCCGUGAUCGCCGCGCCACGUUCCAGCAGUCUAUUCGUGUGCUUGAUGCUGCGAAGAAAGCUGUUCCGGAUCUUGUUACGAAGACUUCGCUCAUGCUCGGUCUCGGCGAGACGGAUGAUCAGCUCUGGGAUGCACUGCGCCAGCUCCGCGCUGUCAACGUCGACGUCGUGACCUUCGGUCAAUACAUGCGUCCUACGAAGCGCCACAUGGCUGUUCAUGAAUACGUGACCCCUGAUCGCUUCGAGCUGUGGCGCCAGCGUGCCCUUGAUAUGGGCUUCUUGUACUGUGCCUCCGGCCCCCUGGUACGAAGCAGUUACAAGGCUGGCGAGGCGUUUAUCGAGAACGUUCUCAAGAAGCGUCGUGCUGGUUCCGGCACCGCUGAGCGCACUGUCGAUCAGAGCCCUGCUGCCAUUGACGAGGCUACCCGGUGA